AGGGGCGGGGUCUGUGGCGGCGCAGCUUACACCGCGGUCCCCUUAUUUGGAUCUGCGGGAAUGUGGGCUGGAGAGGUCCUGCCGUGGUACCAGCCUCCAGCCUGCCCCCGGGACUGCCCCUGACCCAGGCGCGCCCGCUGCUCGGUGGCAGGAGGGCCGGCGGAGCGCCAUGGCCUGCAUCCUGAAGAGAAAGUCUGUGAUUGCUGUGAGCUUCAUAGCAGCGUUCCUUUUCCUGCUGGUUGUGCGUCUUGUAAAUGAAGUGAAUUUCCCAUUGCUACUAAACUGCUUUGGACAACCUGGUACAAAGUGGAUACCAUUCUCCUACACAUACAGGCGGCCCAUUCGAACUCACUAUGGAUACAUAAAUGUGAAGACACAAGAGCCUUUGCAACUGGACUGUGACCUUUGUGCCAUAGUGUCAAACUCAGGUCAGAUGGUUGGCCAGAAGGUGGGAAAUGAAAUAGAUCGAUCCUCCUGCAUUUGGAGAAUGAACAAUGCCCCCACCAAGGGUUAUGAAGAAGAUGUUGGCCGCAUGACCAUGAUUCGAGUUGUGUCCCAUACCAGCGUUCCUCUUUUGCUAAAAAACCCUGAUUAUUUUUUCAAGGAAGCGAAUACUACUAUUUACGUUAUUUGGGGCCCUUUCCGCAAUAUGAGGAAAGAUGGCAAUGGCAUCGUUUACAACAUGUUGAAAAAGACAGUUGAUAUCUAUCCGAAUGCCCAAAUAUAUGUGACCACAGAGACGCGCAUGAGUUACUGUGACGGAGUUUUUAAGCAGGAAACUGGGAAAGACAGAGUCCAGUCUGGCUCAUAUCUCAGCACAGGGUGGUUUACCUUCAUUCUGGCCAUGGACGCCUGUUAUGGCAUUCACGUCUACGGGAUGAUAAAUGACACCUACUGCAAGACAGAAGGGUAUAGAAAAGUCCCCUACCAUUACUAUGAACAAGGAAGAGAUGAGUGUGAUGAAUAUUUUCUUCAUGAACAUGCCCCAUAUGGGGGUCAUAGGUUUAUCACUGAAAAGAAAGUGUUUGCUAAAUGGGCCAAGAAGCACAGGAUAAUAUUUACACAUCCAAACUGGACAUUGUCUUGAUAAUGGUUUUUCUGAUCUUGCCGCAUCACUUAAUGUGAUCCCCAUACUGCAACUGUGAUGCUGAUGAUGCUAAUGGAGAUGAUGGUAAUGAUAAAGACAACAGCAAUGAUUAUCAAGUUCCUGCAAGUGUACACAUCUCAGAUGUGGAUGGUGACUCUGCUAGUAAUUUAAACUUGGCAUUUCAUGGAGGAUGGUUGUGCUCAUGAUGUUCUUUCUGGAGGUUCAACACUACAUAUUGUACUUUAUAAUUUAACUGGAAUUGAGAUGAAGGCCAGUAGCAUGACAACUGUGACCUAAGAAAUGGGAAGAUUAUCUUUCAAGAUAGCUGCCUAGAAUUGUUCAACAGUGAGUGACUUCCAAAAGCCAAAAGAGUUUGGCCUCAUGAGGCAAGGUGAUUGAUUCAAUGACUUAUUGAAUCUCAGCAGUUCCACCAUCUUGAAGAAUGACUGAUUGUCAAACACUGACCCAAGAACUGCUAUCAGGGUGCAAGUAUCUUACUAGUUAGCCUAAGCACAGGAAAAUAUCUCUUCCUAAUAUACCAUCUUUCUACAGUGUUUCCUACAGCUAAAGCCUCAGGCCAUUGCCUGAUUAAUGGUGAAGAUUUCAUGGACAUCCUACACUUCAGGAUUACUUGACUAUCUCAAACAAAUAAAUCAAAAUGGGCCAAGUAGCAAAUCUUGAUGAAUUUCCACUCUUACCAUCCAUUCUUACUACCAACAGUAUAACUGAACAUGUGAUUAGAGUGAUCUAUAUUAAUGUUUAGUUAUUUUUAGUUGAGUUCUAAAUAUUUCAGAAGGCUACUUAACAUGUAAGAUACCAACUUCAACACUGUAAUAACAUAUACUGUGAAAACAUUCCUAAAAAAUAACCAAAGGGUUUGCUAACUCUGCUUCAACAUCCAACAACACAAAACCGUAUCAUUUUUAAAAUCACGAAAUAGAGACAGCAAAGCAUAUUUUUACAUCAAUUUGUAUCCUAUCAUACUUCAUAAUAUAUAUUUGUAUAUUCAAAUUUCUAUUUUAUAAGCCCAAGGUGUGUUUCUCCAAACAUUACAUUCUCAUUGCCAAGUGCCAACUGUUACACAUGGAGAGGAAAUGAUUCCUUAUAUUAAACCUGACCAGAGCUUUUUGCCUUCUAGGGAUUUAUUUUUCCUAUAGUGUGUCAGUUGUUAUGCCACAAUAACAACAAUAAUAAUGACCUUAGUGUCCAAAGUGCUUUGUCAUUUAGAGUCCUUUAACAUCUGUUAUACCAUGUGAUGCCCUUGAACACCCCAUUGGGCUAUUGUCUGUGUAUUCUGCUCUCUUUAGCAGAUGAUCUGUAAUUUGGUCAUUGUUGUGUUAUAUUCCAGAUUGCUCUACUUACUAAUAUUUGUAUAGAAUAGAAUUUAUGUAAACUAGUAACCAGUUGAUCUCUGUGCCGAAUACAUUGUAUCAGGAUUACACAAAAAGUAUCACAAAGGAAGAUCUUGGCCAUAUGCUAGGACCCCUGUGAAAAUAAGUAGUUUUGAGAAGUUUUUCUAUGUACAUAUAUAUAUAUAUAUACACGUGUGGUUCUAUUUAGGUGGGGAAAAGAUGAAAAAGCAGGGACAACAAGAGGAAAUGAAGGCAGAGAAAUAUAGUUUCCUGUCCUAGGGUUGAGACAAUUCUAUUUUUCAUAUACUUAUUGCUCAUUAAAUAGUAAAGGGUUGAUUUGCUGAAAGAGUAGCUGAGAAUUCAGAAACAUCCUUGCAGAAUGAUUCAAAAGACAAAAGCCAGGCUCAACUUAUAGAAUGUUUUGGAGACUGGAAGUAAUGAUACAUUUCACUUCAGAAGCACUUGUAGGUCUUUACUAGUGCUAAGUAUUAUGGUGAGCUAUCAUUAAAAUGUGCCAUCUUGGAUAAAGGCCUUUUGCCUAUUCUAUUCUGCCAUUUUGAUACCUCAAUAUUCACGCCCAUAAAAAUUACUAAGCCCCAGUUCUAUCAUUGGAAGUUGUUAUUCUUUUGUUGUUCUGUUAUGCAAUUUUUAAUUCUAUGAAUGUUAAGUUUUUUUGAGCUAAUGAUAGAUAGAAAUGCCCAAAGAAAAAUAAACAGAGACAAAUGUUAAAA